GAUGCGCCCCCUCACUCCCUGUCCCCACCCUGGUUUAAACCCAUUGUCAUCACUCGCCGUCCAGGGCUCUCCCCUGCUUCUGCGUUAGGCAGUGUUUGAAGAAGAGGUGCAGAGAGAAACAUAGGCAGGGAAAGAGGCAGUACUUGUGUGCAUGCCUUAGAGCUGAUUUUGCUGGAGGAGUCAGAAGCACAGGCAGAUCAGAUCAAGACCUCUCAUCUGAAAUACAUGAAAAAUCUAAGACUUGAAACGUUUGACUUGGUGCUACUUGGGUGCCUUGGACAAAGAUUGUUCUUCUAAGGUACAUCUUCACGUGUAGAAACACCUCCAGGGCUGUAGAAAGAGUGGUUAAGGUUCAUCAUCUCUUCAAGUACUUCAAUCCUAGACUCGGCAUUCUCCAGGCAAAAAAAUUCAUUUACUAAAACAGAAGAAACCCGGGGGUUAAAAGUUAUAUAACAUUGUAUACUAUAGUUUGCUUUAUAACUGCAGCAAACAUCCCUUAACUACUGUAAACCUUUGAGGCAGAACACUUGGGUACAUUAUAUAAAUACUGUAAGCAAGAGAAGAGUCUUCACAGUCAUCCCAGAGGACACGUAAACAGUGCAAAACAGAGCCAUAAAUUAACUGCAAAGGAAACUCUGAAUACUCCCUCAAGUCGAAGAUGUCACGCUGGGGACGCAGGAAUGUCAAGAAGGCCCCUGAGGUGAUCAGGACAGUGACAGAGGGCCUCAAGUCACUCUACCGAAAGAAACUCCUGCCCCUGGAGCAGUACUACGGCUUCCAAGACUUCCACUCACCGAGUCUGGAGGACGCCGACUUUGACAACAAACCCAUGGUGCUAGUGGUUGGGCAGUACUCCACAGGAAAGACUACUUUCAUCAAGUAUCUGCUGGAACAGGACGUCCCAGGGAGUCGUAUAGGGCCGGAGCCCACCACCGACUGCUUCACCGCUAUCAUGCACGGAGACGUGGAGGGCAUCAUUCCUGGAAAUGCCCUGAUAGUAGAUGCCAACAAACCCUUCCGCAAGCUCAACCCCUUCGGAAACACCUUCCUCAACAGAUUCCAGUGUGCUCAGAUGCCCAACCAGGUUCUGGAGAGCAUCAGCAUCAUUGACACCCCGGGCAUCCUCUCCGGUGCUAAACAGAGAGUGAGUCGAGGUAAGCCGACUGGAAAACAGUUGAAGUUUGAGUUGGAGGAGGAAGAUCUGUUUGCUGAUAUCCAGAAUCUGCCACGAAACGCAGCCCUACGCAAACUUAAUGACUUGGUCAAGAGGGCCCGUCUUGUGAGGGUACAUGCCCAUAUCAUCAGUUAUUUGAAGCAAGAGAUGCCGUCUGUCUUCAGGAAGGACAAUAAAAAGAAGAACCUGAUCUACCAGCUCCCGGUCAUCUUCUCCAAGAUUCAGCUACAGCAUCAUAUCUCUCCUGGAGACUUCCCUGAUUGUGCCAAAAUGCAGGAGCAGCUAAUGGCUCAUGACUUCACCAAGUUCAAAGCCCUGAAGCCCAACCUGAUGGCUAUGCUGGAUGAGUUGUUGUCUACCGAUAUUUCCAAACUCAUGCCCCUUCUUAGGCAGGAAGAAAUAGAGGCUGGGGUCCAACCUGGGGUCCAAGGUGGGGCUUUCUUGGGAACCCGAGCCGGACCCUUUGUGGAAGGUGACCCCUUUGGAGAGACCAUGGAUGAAAAUGGUGAAUUGGGUGAAGAAGAUGAGGAAUGGGUGGUGACAAAGGACAAGCCCAAGUAUGAUGAGAUCUUCUACAACCUAGCGCCAAACGAAGGCAAACUAAGUGGCACCAAAGCCAAAGAUUGGAUGGUGAGCACACGGCUGCCAAACUCCGUGUUGGGCCGCAUCUGGAAGCUCUCGGAUGUGGAUCACGACGGCAUGCUGGAUGACGAGGAGUUUGCCCUGGCCAGCCACCUGAUUGAAGUGAAACUGGAGGGUCACGGGCUGCCCCCUGAGCUGCCUGCCCGUCUCGUACCUCCAUCCAAACGCAGACAAAAAGGCUCUGAUGCUUAGACAAUUCGCCCACGUGGCUUCCACUGAUCCUUGUCUGCACUUCCUGCGUGUUGUCCAGCUCCACAGCAGCUGCAGUGCAUCUCCGUUCACUGUAUUUUUGUGCCAUUUUGUACUCUGGCCAUUUUGUAACACGCAAUUAAUGUCUUACUUUGUAUUCUUGGUUCAAAUGCAACAAUUCAAAGAUUCCCAGCUGGAAGCCAAAGAGUGUUGU